AUGGCUCCUCGGGCCUCAUUGAAGGCUCGUGACUUCGAUUACUCGAAUGUCGGGAAAGCUGGAAGACGCACAGGCAUCACUCUUGCGGAAGGCAAGCGGGAUGAACAUGGAAUGGAGGAAGUCGACGGAAUAUUCUCAUCACCAGAAAAGUCGCCUGUGCAAGUGAAUGGCUUCGAAAAUAGCGAGUCAAUAGGCUCCGACAUGUCCAUGGACGAGGGUAUGUCUCCCCAACCCACCAAGGCAAUGAAACUGAGCACCAAAGGCAACGGCCCCGGCCCCGCUGACUUCCUCAACGGCGUUAACGGAUCACGUACGCCUCGUUUUCCCCCGCCCGUUGCACGAUCGCCAUCAAAGUCUGGCAUGACCGGAUCUCCGCGCAGGACUCCCGGUCUGCGCUCUUCCCAAAGCCCGCAGCGCGACCUCCCAUCGUCUAGCCCGUCUGACGGCAGGAGCGUGCGAAGAGACUCGCGACGGGACCUGUCCCCUCUUACCGACCGCUCCAUCAACGCCACGCCCUCACUAGAACACUCACACCCUGCGCGCACCAAGGGGUUGAAAAAAGCAGGAAAGCAAGCGCAGAUUAAUUAUUCCGACAGUGACGCCAACGCCGACGAGAAUGGAGACUCGAUGGAUCAAAGCGGGUUUGUUGGUGGUUUCAAUGCCGGCGACGAUACCAUGAUGGGUGACAACUCCGAUGAACCUGAGGACAAUAGCGCCGAAGAAGGACCGCCUCAGAAACCCGCGCCCGAGAAGCGCAAAGGGCUAACAAGGGGCCGCAAGCCGGCAAGAGCCGCGAAAACAGUACAAGCCAGCGCAUCACAAGAUGCGACAGAGAAACGCGACACAACACAGAAACGAAAGCGCGCCGGACGACCGCCCAAAGCGCGACCCCAACCCAUGGACGAUACCCAAGAACAACGACCGCAGAAGAAAGCCAAAACAUCUGCGCCAAAGCGCUGGAUCUCGGGCCCUUCAGGCGACCCCGAGCUGGACAAGGUGGUGGAGAGCCAUAUCAACCGGACUGGACCACUCAAGCACCGGAGCCUGUAUAUCCUCAAGCGGGAAGCCCCUACAGAUUCAUCUGCCACGCACACCCGAUCUGGACGUGUAUCGGUUAGACCACUGGCCUACUGGAAGAACGAGCGCUGCGUAUAUGGUGAUGAAGAGGCAGCCGAGGGACAGCGGUUCCCCCUUUCGAAAAUCAAGGAGAUUAUCCGGACCGAAGAGCUGGAGCCGGAGAAAAAGAAGAAACGCAGGACCAAGAAGGCGAAGUCAAAAAAGAGCAGGGAUGACAGCGACUCCGAGGAUGAGCAGUACCGCGACCCCUACGAAGAGAAAGGGGGUGUUUUACAUGGUUAUAUCCGGAAAUGGGACAACGAAACACAAACGGCCCUAGACGAUGAAGAAGUGUUAGACAUCGCAUACGCCCCAUCAGGUAUCGAGACUCGAGACGUCAAAGGCGCAUCAUUCAGGUUCGCCAAGCUUUUGAGCUCUCCCUUCAUCGGCUCAGGCAUCGUCGAACUACCCCCUGGCGGAGUCAAGAAACCCAAAAACGCAAAGAAAAUGCAUAUGAUAUUCUACGUUGUUAAUGGGCGAGUCCUAGUAGAUAUUUCUGGCGUCCAAUUCAGUGCAGGCAAAGGAUGCGUCUUUCAAGUUCCUCGAGGUAAUUACUAUAGUUUCGCCAACACAUACAACAAAGACGCCCGUUUGUUCUUUACACAGGGCUGUGUCCCUAGCUCGGCGGAUGGUGACGAUGCUCCUGGCUCUGCCUCCAAAACCGAUGCGCUUGACGGCGAGUCAAACACUCCACCAGCACGCCCUAAGGGGCAGAAGGCUACGGCCGGCAAGGGCAGACCCAAGGGAAAGCAGAAGGCCACUGUUUAA